AUGGUAGAAUUCAUAAAGGAAUGGACCGCAAGAAGCCAGGAUGCAAACAGCUCUGAGCUGAACCGACUACUCUCGGCCAUAGAAGUCUGGAAGCAUGACGUGAAAACCCGAAUUCGCCAAUCUAGCCCUCGCGUGUUGAGAACCCGUUCUACUCAGCACUACACCGAAGGAAGAUCAAUCAAUGAUCGGGGCAAGAGAAGGAUUUCGAAAAAACGGGCUGGAAAGAAGUCUCAGCGCGCACAGAAGGACCCAUCAUCUCCCUCGUCAACUCCCGAUGAAGCUGAAGCUUCCAUAGAGAAUCUGCGUGGAGCACCUGUAGAAGAUCUUUCCGAGGAUGACGAUCCAACUUCCAUGUUUGUGCCCGAACGUGGAAGGGGCGUUGGGAUGCAAUUAUCCACUGGUGAUCACGCUUCAUGUAGAUCUCCGGGGGAGACGAGAUUGGAAUCUUCCAUGGAAGAUCUAUCUCUUGAAGGCCGGAACGUUGACAAUGGGACAGAUGUUGUUCCGGGCGUAUCUGAUGUGCCUUCGAAUGGUCCACCCAGAAGGCAUCCGUUUGCUGAUGAUGACGAUCUAGGAUCACUAUUCGGUGAUGACGAUCUAGGAUCACUAUUCGGUGACGACGAGGACUUAAGUUCAGCCCUAAAUAAUUCAUUUCCCGCAUCAGAGAGCUACGGCCGGGACGAUUCUGCAGAGCAGGUGAUGUGUCAAGAUGUGCCUCCCGUAGCCAUUUCGGAUAUCCAACAGAUGGAUGCACAAGAGCAGCAUGGCCGUGUCCAAGAAGGGGUUUGUCUGCACGACGGAGUUCCGACAUCUAGUCUGUCUGCAGCCGAUUUACAUCCUUUAGUAGACGGACUUCCUCUUACGCCACGCCUGAUGCAUAGCCUUUUAUACGCACUAUUGCCUAGCACCGUUCACAUCAUUCAGACGCCAAGCAUCGAGAGGUGCGAUACAUCGUACAUCUGCGACACGAGUUUUGUAAUCAUCGCAGGGGAAUCUGAGCCUGACCUAUUCUUUGGCGAUAGGGCUAAAAGAAAAAUAUUCACUAUGAAAACCGGACUCAGGUCUUCACGUUUGAUAACUCAUUAUAAGGAUAUUGGUUGGACGGUAGCAUGUCUAUGGUUAAAUCACCGUAUGCAGGAGCGCGAUAUCACAAUUACUUCGGUGUUCUAUGUUGAAGCGCUGAGUAAAGGCGGCGACGUUAUUUUUCCCCCAGAAGAGGACCUGCGUCAGCGAUUCCUGAGAAAACUACGUGUAUCAAGCGAAAUGCAUGCGACGCAACUCGACUCUGGGCAACCAACAAUCCAGCUCCCGGUGAAUAGCAGCGCAUCUAAAUAUCCAAUUCCUGAUGGAUUCGAUCGAACACUACUUCAAGAACUGCAUUUGCAGCUACCAGCUCAAAUGGAAGUUUUCAAGUACCUUCGCAUUCUCCAGUCCAUCCGCGAGAUUGGCUCGCCACGAAUUCUUGAAUCACUGAAGAUGACGAUGAAGAGUACGACGGAUUUUGCCUUAGACACAACCGAACAAAUUACUAAACUCCUUCAUAUUCACAAAUAUCUUGACAGAGAAGACAGUGUGGGUCAUCUAUCGGUUGCUCGCGCUCGAUAUGUUAAGUAUUGUUACUAUCAGACAUUCCAGGAAGCGGUUGAAACGUUAUCGGCGCAUAAGCGCCUGAGUCGCGUGGAGCAACACAGGGUAGUUAAACACAAAUCGACAUCUACGUAUAGACAAGGUCUUAGUGGGCUACCACUUACACCAUCAACGGAUGCCAUUGAUGCUCUGUACCCGACCUUGAGCGACGCCGAAAAGAAGAGGCCCGCAGCAGACAUGGUCAAGAACGCGAUCAUUUCUAGCAUCAAGCAAGCCUCGGGAGCGGCGGACAAACGUAUUGAGGAAAGGAUCACGCAGUACAUCAGGCAUGGUAAACUCAUGCACCUCUUGCUUCAGAGCUACGCACGUCCGAGCCCCCAAAUAUUGAUCCUUCUUCCCGGCGAAGAAUCACAGCCUCCGUAUCUUGAUCUUGGUCACAUUGACCAGAAGCUCAAGAAACCUAUUCGCAGAAAGGAUAUAGAUAGCUUGACCGAGGCAGAAAUCCGGUGGUUUGGUGAAGCUAUGCAGGCGUUGAGGCCAAAUUUACUUCAAGAAAUCCCACAAUGGGCAGUGGAGCUCCUAACUUGCUCGCUUGCUGAGGCUGACGAACUACGCUAUCGAGACGCUAAUGGACCUUUCGGCGUUGAGGAUCGAACUUUGCCGCAGGCAUGGUUCCCCCACCCUGGCGAGUAG